GAAGACAAAAAACAAAGGAAACCUCAUCGGACAGCUAGAUUUGCUUAGAAAAUAUUUAUAAAAAACGAAACCCACCAGCUAAAACUCACAACCAUUAACCAAUCUCUCAUUUCGUUUCCAAAAGAUUUCAUCUUUUUGUUUUCUUAAAAAUCUGUUCUUGAUUUGUGUAAGAAGUGAGGAGAGCAGUAUAUAGAAGAAGCAGCAGCAGCACCAAGAAACACAGAGAGAAAGCUUAAAGAGGUAUACAAUGGGAAGAAAUCUCAGUCCAAUACUGCGGCAAGAAUUGGCAAAUCUUGACAAAGAUGCUGAUAGUCGUAAAUCAGCAAUGAAAGCACUGAAAUCGUAUGUGAAAAGCUUGGAUUCCAAGGCAAUCCCACAAUUUCUUGCUCAAGUUUCUGAAACCAAAGAAACUGGGUCUUUAUCUGGCGAAUACACAAUUUCACUCUAUGAAGUUCUUGCUCGUGUCCAUGGAGUUAAUAUUGUUCCUCAGAUUGAUAGUAUCAUGGCUACUAUCAUCAAGACUUUAGCUUCAAGUGCAGGGUAUUUUCCUCUUCAACAAGCAUGCUCCAAGGUGGUGCCAGCAAUUGCAAGAUAUGGCAUUGAACCGACGACACCAGAGGAUAAGAAAAGGCAUAUAAUCCACUCACUUUGUAAGCCUCUUUCAGAAGCUCUCUUAGGUUCUCAAGAAUGCCUGACUUCAGGGGCUGCCCUUUGCCUGAAGGCUCUAGUGGACUCAGAUAAUUGGCGAUUUGCUUCGGAUGAGAUGGUGAAUCGGGUUUGUCAGAAUGUGGCUGUCGCUUUGGAGGAGAAGUGCACGCAAACUAAUUCGCACAUGGCCUUGGUGAUGGCUUUGGCUAAGCAUAAUGCUUUGAUAGUUGAAGCAUAUGUAAGACUUUUGAUACAAUCAGGAUUGCGUAUCUUGAAAGCUGGGGUCUUGGAGGGUAAUUCUCAGAAACGAUUAUCAGCUAUCCAAAUGAUCAAUUUCUUGAUGAAGUGCCUGGAUCCUAGGAGCAUAUUCUCAGAGCUUGAGUUGAUAAUUGAGGAGAUGGAUAAGUGCCAGUCCGAUCAGAUGGCAUUUGUGAGUGGAGCUGCAUUUGAAGCUUUGCAAACUGCAAAGAAAAUAGCCACAGAGAAAGGGACAAAAUUUGAGAAGAGUUCUGGUUCAGUUAGUGGAUCGAACUUUGGCAGGAGAGACCACAGAGGGAGGAGAAAUUUUUCCAGUGCCUAUGGUGAUCAAUCUCCAGCAUCUGUAUCACCAGAAUCACAGACUCUCGAUUUCUUUAUGGAAUAUGAAUCUUUCACCGAGUCACCUAUUUCAACAACUAAUGUUUCUUCUAAUGAGUGUGACCGUGGGAGUGUGAACCGAAAACUCUGGAAUUUUGAGAAUGGAGGGGUGGACAUAUCUCUAAAAGAUGGUUUAUUUUCAGAGUUGUCUCAGGGAAGUCCCAUCCACGAUGCAUUCUCUGAUCAGUCUGGGCUAUAUGAGCUUACUGAAAACGGAGGAAAUUACAUGGGUGAAUUUGCAGGGUUCUUGCCUAGGAGUCCUAGAAACAAACUAUCGAGAAGCACCACUCCCAGCCCUCAGCGGUCACAAUCUCGUAUAAAUGUUGACAACGUUAGCAUCUUCACAACUCCCAGGAAGCUCGUACGUGCUCUUCAGGAUCCUAAUGAUUUAGAUUCAGACUUCUCUGAGAAACAAAACGGAAAGUUUGGAAGUCCAUGCUCGAGCAAAUAUGAUUACAGCCCCACUCCGAGAUUAAAACGAAAUGGCUUUCAGCAUGAUGUGGGUUUAGAGGUCGAUGAGAAUGGAAAGUCGUAUACUGGCGUUGGGGAGUUCCAAGGUGCCUCUGAAUCAGUGGCAUCAACAGAUGGCAUUCCAGUCAAAACUGAUGUGCAAGCAUCUCCAGAGGUGAUUCGUAGAAAUAAACCUCAUGCUAAUAAAUUUUGCACUGAAAAAGAUGCGAGGAAGACUUCAUCUAUUUUAGCUGUUGGGUUCUGUAUUGCUUUGCUAGCAAUUUUUGCCUCAUUAAUGUGCAUUUAUCUGCAAGAUGAUGACCAUCAUAUGGUUCCAACUUAGUUCUGACAUCUGUAUCAAAAUCUUCCAAUUACCGUGUAUUAGGUCAUUGUGAAAAUCCUAUGUUUCUCUGUAGUGUAAGGUAGUCAAUUGUUCAAACUAUGAGUUGGAUGAUUAUGUUCUUAAUAUUAGGAAACACUUUCUGUUCUUGCAA